AUGUUGGAAACAAUUGAUAUUCACCGAGCCCUCCAGGCAGUAGAACGCCUGCAAGCAAAAUUACGAGAACGGGGUGAUUCCGGAAAUGAGGAGAAAUUAAGUUUACUAAAGUCAGUACUGCAGAGUCCUUUAUUCAAUCAGAUCCUAAACCUACAAGCUUCCCUUCCGCAGUCACGAGAUCAGGUAAACCUUGCACCUUCCAUCUCCUCAUCUGGUGAGCACCUACAGCUUUCCCCUCAUGGUAGUGUUGUGGGCUCCUCACUACACAAUGACUCCUACUUGAUGGCUCAAGAGAACAGUAGCCCUUCUAGUGGGCUAGGAAUUGUUCUCCAGUCGAUCACGCCUCAGAUUAAUGGGAAGCUUGCAAGCGAUGAAUUUGAAUUACUGAUCAGAAAUAUGGCACAGGGUCGACCUGUUGAGACGAUAGAACUUGUAAAAUCUCCAAGUGGUGGUCUUGGUUUUAGCGUAGUUGGCCUGAAGAGUGAAUAUAGAGGUGAACUUGGUAUAUUUGUGCAGGAGAUUCAAGAUGGAAGCGUGGCACAAAGGGAUGGCAGAUUGCAGGAAGCAGAUCAAAUUCUUGCUAUUAAUGGGCAAGCCCUUGAUCAGACCAUAACACAUCAACAGGCUAUCGGCAUCCUACAGAAAGCCAAAGAUAGUGUCCAGCUAGUUGUGGCAAGGGGUUCUUUGCCUCAGCUCAUCAGCCCUGUAAUUUCUCGAUCUCCGUCAGCUGCUAGUACAAUUUCAGCCAAUUCAAAUCCCGUACAUUGGCAGCAUGUGGAGACCAUUGAGUUGGUGAACGAUGGAUCCGGUCUGGGAUUUGGAAUAGUAGGAGGAAAAUCAACUGGGGUGAUAGUUAAAACCAUCCUUCCAGGCGGAGUAGCUGAUCGGCAUGGUAGAUUGUGCAGUGGAGACCAUAUUUUGAAAAUUGGUGAUACAGACUUGACCGGAAUCAGCGGUGAGCAGGUGGCACAAGUCCUGAGGCAGUGUGGAAACCGAGUCAAGUUGGUGAUAGCCAGAGGUCUAAUUGAGGAGACCACUCCAUCAACAGCAGCCCCUUGUACACCAGUGCAAACGUGUAUGAUGGAGAACAAGAAAUUGGAAGAUACAUCAAUUGAAAAUGUUGAAGAUGGGAACACAUUUGAUGUGGAGCUUGCAAAAAAUUCUCAAGGGUUAGGAAUAACAAUUGCUGGUUACAUUGGGGAUAAAACAUCAGAACCUUCUGGUAUUUUUGUAAAAAGCAUCACAAAAGACAGUGCAGUUGAGCAUGAUGGUAGAAUCCAUAUUGGAGAUCAAAUUAUUGCUGUGGAUGGAACCAAUCUUCAAGGUUUUACCAACCAGCAAGCAGUGGAAGUUUUGCGACAUACUGGCCAAAUAGUCUGUCUGACUUUGGUCCGAAGAGGAGGCCUGAAACAGGAAAACCACGCUCAGUCCCAUAAUGACUUCAGUGAUGCUGUUGAAAAGGAUUCAGUUUUCCAAACAAUGGAUAUUGGCACAAAUACAGAAAGCUGCAAAAGGGAGCAGGAUUCUCCAUUAAUGUCAUGCAGCCCCAGUGAGGUUCAUUUUGAAGAAGAUACUAAUAUACAACAAACAGACAUUCAGCUAACAUCCUUAGAAGAAGAAGUGUUGCUGAACAAAUGGCAGAAGAUUUUGGGGAAAAAUUAUGAAGUUGUGGUGGCGGAUGUGAACAAAUUUAAUGAAAGCAGCGGACUGGGGAUUAGCUUAGAAGCUACAGUGGGACAUCAUUUUAUUCGGUCUGUUUUGCCUGAAGGGCCAGUUGGACGUUGUGGCAAAUUGUACAGUGGAGAUGAAUUGCUAGAAGUAAAUGGAGAAUCUUUGCUUGGAGAGAAUCACAAGGAUGUUGUCAAUAUUCUAAAAGAGCUUCCGAUCAAUGUAAGAAUGGUCUGUUGUCGUGCAGUUCCACCUGUGAUUGAGACAGCAUUGGAUGAGACCCACAUGUUAGAGCAGUCUCAUAUAGACCUUGGUGGACUCCUUUGUGCUUCAGAGACAGAGGAUGCUAAGCUGGAAAUAGCUGACCUAAGUCAGAAUACUGAAGAGGCACAAGGAUCUCCCCUGGCAAUGUGGGAGGCAGAAAUACAACAAAUUGAGCUGGAGAAAGGGAGCAGAGGUCUUGGCUUUAGCAUAUUGGAUUAUCAGGACCCAGUGGACCCCGCAAAUACAGUGAUUGUGAUCCGCUCUCUUGUUCCUGGGGGCGUUGCUGAGCAAGAUGGCAGGCUCCUCCCAGGGGACAGGCUUAUGUUUGUCAAUGAGACCAGCUUGGAAAAUGGUAGUCUGGAAGAAGCUGUGCAGGCCCUGAAAGGAGCACCUCUGGGAAUGGUGAGAAUAGGAGUCGCCAAGCCAUUGCCUCUUUCACCAGAAGAGGGCUAUGUUUCUGCUAAGGAAGAUUCCUUUUUCUACACUGCCCAGUCCUUUGAGGAGGAAGGGCUAGCCGAUUCAGCCCUCUUCCAUGCUGAGCUGGCUCUGGUGGACUCAAGUGAGGCAGAUAUAAUAGAGGACUCUACCAUGGAAUCGGACUGUUCUCCAGAUAAUGAUGGUACAUUCCAGUCUUCAGCUUUAACACUGCAUAGUGGCAUUUGUGGUGAUGAUCUCAAGCUUGCUCUUUCUCUGCCCUCUUCAACUCCCAAGACUACUUUCAAAGAUGAUUCCAGUGACCUACUCAGUUACCAGUCAUCAGAUAAAAACUUGUACACAGUGGAUCUAAUACAAAGAGAGAUGGAGAGUAAACCCGCAGGUGGAUGUAUGAAACAGAUCACAGAACCUCUUCUUGUGAAUCCAGCAACACAAUCUCAACAAGUUGAACACGAAAGCACAAGCCUUUGGAGAGAAUCUCAGCUACCACCCGAAUUUUCACACUCUACAAAAGUAAGUUCUAGAUUGCCACUUGAUUCUCCCAGAAGGAGAAAUAAUAGCUUAAUGCCUGCUGGUCUAGAUACAAAUAAAAACAAGUUGGAGAAGACAAUUAUCAUUGCAAAAGGCAAUUCAAGCUUAGGGAUGACAGUAAGUUCUAAUAAAGAUGGCAUGGGAAUGAUAGUUCGCAGCAUUAUCCAUGGUGGUUCCAUAAAUCGUGAUGGACGAAUUGGUAUUGGAGACUGUAUAUUGUCUAUUAAUGAGGAACCUACUGCUAAUUUAACUAAUGCCCAAGCACGGGCCAUGCUGAGGAGGCAUUCUGUCAUUGGACCGGAUAUAAAAUCUUCUCCAACACCUGCUGAUGAUCAGGGCCCCUUUUAUGUCAUUAGCUAUGUGCCAGCAGAGCAAUUAGAAGAGUACCAAGCCAACGUAGGGCAGCAGCCAGAAGGAACAAUGCCAUUAGAUGUUUUCCCUUCACACACUGUGAGAGAAAUUCCAGAACUACCAGAACGCGAAGAAGGAGAAGGAGAAGAAAGUGAGCUUCAGAACACAGGCUACAGUAACUGGAAUCAACCAAGACGGGUUGAGCUCUGGAGAGAGCCUAGCAAGUCUCUGGGAAUCAGCAUUGUUGGUGGGAGAGGUAUGGGAAGUCGUCUGAACAAUGGUGAAGUUAUGAGAGGAAUCUUCAUCAAACACAUCCUUGAAGACAGUCCUGCUGGCAAAAAUGGAACCUUGAAAACAGGAGAUAGAAUUGUGGAGGUGGAUGGAAUAAAUCUCAGAGAUGCAAGCCAUGAGCAAGCUGUGGAAGCCAUUCGAAGAGCAGGCAACCCGGUAGUCUUCACGGUACAGAGCAUUAUAAGCAAACCAAGGCCAAUAUCUCUUUAUAGCUCUUUAGCAUCCUCUGCUCCUGGUGGGCAGAAACUUAAUAAUCCAUUUUACCAUCAGUCAUCACAGAACUUCCCCAUGUCUUACCUGCAGUCCAACCCUUUCACUAAGCCUCCUGCCUUCAGCAGCACUAACCCUUUUGUUGACCCUCUGCAGUUCAACACUAACAAGUUUAUACAGCCACCCAUCUCUGACCUUAAUUCCUCUCUGCCUUCUCAAACACUGUAUUUUCCUUACUCCCCACAGGCAUCCAGUCAGUCAGAUUCAGAGCCAGAAAAAAAAUCAUUCUGUAAUCUGCCUUUGCCACCUCCUUCGGUAUUUCCAGCAAUGAGCGGUGAAGUUGUGCUGCAGUCCUCUAACAAUCAUCUGGAAGAUUUGGAUAAGGAGGAUGAGUUUGGAUACAGCUGGAGGAAAAUCAGUCACCAGUAUGGCAACCUGUCAGGAGAUCUGCACAUGAUAGAACUGGAGAAAGGGAAGACUGGAUUAGGACUCAGCCUAGCUGGGAACAAAGACAGAUCCAAGAUGAGUGUCUUUGUAGUGGGCAUUGAUCCAAAUGGAGCGGCUGGAAAAGAUGGCAGGCUGCAGAUUGGAGACGAGUUACUGGAAAUAAAUGGACAGGUUCUGUAUGGAAAAACACAUCAGAAUGCAUCUUCAAUCAUCAAAUGUGCACCUUCUAAAGUAAAAAUAAUCUUUAUCAGAAACAAAGAUGCUAUCCAUCAGAUGGCUAUUUGUCCUGGUAAAUCAGUGGCAUCGCCAUCUUCGUCUUCCGGAAUGGGUCAGCACGAAGAGGGGGAAGUGAACAUUUCAAGCUGUAAUUUACCAAUAGAUCUGACUUUAUAUAAGAAUGUUCAAAAUGUGGAACUACCUAAGGAUCAAGGUGGCAUAGGUAUUGCUAUUGGUGAAGAAGAUACACUUAAUGGUGUAGUUAUUCAGAGCUUAACAGAUCAUGGUGCAGCAGGAAAGGAUGGCCGAAUUAAGGUUGGAGAUCAAAUUCUAGCAGUGGACGAUGAAAUUGUUGUGGGCUAUCCUAUAGAAAAGUUUAUCAGUUUGCUGAAAACAUCAAAGCCCAAUGUGAAACUCACCAUUAGUUCAGUUGAACCCGAAGGCCUGGCAGUUCCCCAGCCACCGUUGUCAACUUACAGCACCACGUUGAGUGAGGGAACCAAUAUCCAACCAUUACCAAUCGUUCCAUCAUCUGAGUCACCAGAACCAGAGUUAAUUAAAGAUGCAAGCAGGUCUUCAACUCCAGCCAUGUUAGCUUCUGACCCAGCCACUUGUCCAAUUAUCCCAGGUUAUGAAACAACAAUCAGUAUCUCCAAGGGACGUACUGGUCUUGGAUUGAGCAUCGUGGGAGGAGCUGACACAUUACUGGGAGCCAUUAUUAUCCAUGAAGUAUAUGAAGAAGGAGCAGCAUCCAAAGAUGGAAGACUCUGGGCUGGUGAUCAAAUCUUAGAGGUGAAUGGUAUUGACCUAAGGAAUGCAACACAUGAUGAAGCUAUAAAUGUUCUCAGACAGACACCACAGAAAGUCCGCCUCACUGUUUACAGGGAUGAAGCCCAAUAUAAAGAAGAAGACAUGUAUGAUGUACUGAGUAUCGAAUUACAAAAGAAACCAGGCAAAGGACUUGGAUUAAGUAUUGUUGGGAAAAGAAAUGACACUGGGGUGUUUGUGUCGGACAUUGUCAAAGGAGGUCUAGCAGAUCUGGAUGGACGGUUAAUGCAAGGAGACCAGAUAUUAAUGGUGAAUGAUGAAGAUGUUCGAAACGCUAACCAGGAGACAGUGGCAGCCUUAUUAAAGUGCUCAUUAGGUGUGGUUAAACUAGAAGUUGGAAGAAUAAAGACGAGUUCAUUCCAUUCAGAGAGGAGACUGUCUCAGAGCAGCCAGGUCAGUGAAGGAAGCGGCAGCUUGACAUCAUUCAGCUUCCCAGCUAGUGGAUCCAACCCGCCUGAAAGUUACGAAAGCACUCUGAAAAAGAACUGUUUGGCGUCUGAAAUACAAGGUUUGAGAACAGUUGAAAUAAAAAAGGGCCCUUCAGAUUCUUUGGGAGUCAGUAUUGCUGGAGGAGUAGGAAGCCCUCUUGGUGAUGUUCCCAUUUUUAUAGCCAUGAUGCAUCCAAAUGGAGUGGCAGCACAAACCCAGAAAUUGAGGGUUGGAGACAGGAUUGUGAGCAUUUGUGGAACAUCCACUGAAGGCAUGACUCAUUCCCAGGCUGUCAGUUUGCUGAAGAAUGCUUUGGGCACCAUUGAGUUACAGGUUGUAGCUGGUGGAGAUGUCAGUGUCAUAACUAGCCAACAGCAAGAUCCACCAACAUCUAGUCUAACAUUUUCAGGUCUAACUUCAAGCAGCAUCUUUCAGGAUGAUUUGGGGCCGCCCCAGUACAAAACCAUCACUCUGGAUCGAGGGCCGGAUGGCUUGGGCUUUAGCAUUGUAGGUGGAUACGGAAGUCCUCACGGAGAUCUGCCCAUUUAUGUUAAGACAGUAUUUGGAAAAGGGGCAGCAGCAGAAGACGGGCGCCUUAAAAGAGGGGAUCAGAUCCUUGCAGUCAAUGGGCAGAGCUUGGAAGGAGUCACCCACGAAGAAGCUGUCGCUCUUCUAAAAAGAACAAAAGGAACUGUGACUUUGACUGUUCUCUCUUAAGUCCUGUCCCCAAAGAUGAGAUGGGAGUUUAUUUGUUUGUUGCCAGGGUGUUUUCAAUCAAGAGUGAAAAAUAACGAAUCGUCUUAUUUUGAUCUAUGUGUAGACAUAUUGUUGGAUUACAGAGACUGGAUUUGAAAGAGGCAGUAAUAAAAUCAGAG